AUGAACGAUCAGCUUUCACUACGAACUCGUCCUUUCCGGUGUAUCGGCAGCGAUAAAAUGGCAGAAAGAGGUGGCAAUGAUGGCAAUCUCAAUGAUGGCAUCCCGUUCCAGGCACAGCCAAAAUCAAAGUUUCCCGACCCAUCCUGUUUGAACGGCAUUGCAAGACGUCCGCCAACUUCACCAGCCAAUUUUGCGAGUAAGGAAGCAAAAGCAAAAUAUUGCGGCAGGCCCAUCGGAGACUACGGGACCGCCUGUGUUGACCGUAAGGUCCGUACUGGUCGAAAGACAUAUGCAGCCCAACGCGAAAAGGUUCCAGGGGCAAAGCGCCAGAAAAAGAAGAAACAGUCUACCAAACUUCUCCCUGGGGGCUUAUAUCAUGGUCGCUGGAGGCCUGGAAUCUACUGGCAUGUGGUCAUUCUCUCUUGGGACGAUGCGAGGGUUGACAUGAAAGACCUGCCCAAAAGCGACUGCUUCGAUGUUGACAACGGGAAGAUCGUUGGAUGGGCGUCUGGUUAUGAAAACGCAGGCAGCCUAGCAUAUGAUCGGUGGUUUCCCGUUGUAUACCUCGACAAAGAUUAUUGUAUUGGUUGGAUGCAUGCGAGAGACUUCUUCGACUUUGACCAGAUACAAGGUUAUUCCAAGGUGCGCGAACGGUAUGCCAACCUUACCAAGCAUGAGCCAAGAAAUUGUCAAGCAGAACCUAGUACAGUAGUUGGUCGGGAGUUCCAG